AUGUCUCCAUAUAAUGACAUGAAUCAGACAUCAAAUGAACCUACUGCAACACCUUCUGUACCAAAUCCCAACGUACUAAUUAUUGCUGAAAAAAUAAAAGGCGUAACUACUAGACCAGUUAAACCUAAUGCUGUAGCGGCUGCUAUAACGGUUGCUCAUAGAUUUUUCCAAAUCUUUCUAAAUGAGGUCAGAAAGUCAUUAUUUGCAAAUGCAGUGAAUAAAAUGAUUGUAAAUAAUCUUUUAUCAGACAUAAUUAACACCAU